UACUCACUGAAUCAGUUCCCAACGUACCAUCGCUGCAGAAUGGCGCACAUAAAGAGUUGUAUCAUCGUUGGGGCAUUUUUUGCGCUACUUGCAUCAAACGAAGCGAAAAUAGGAAACGAAAUUAAUCCAGUCGGGGCCAGAGUGGACAUAAUCGACGAUAUCGAGGCCUUUCAGACGGCCCACUCCCAUGUUCAGAUCACUCCACUGAAUGCCACCCGCAAUGUUCACCAGCAGAUAAUCUACAAACUCGGGAACCGGGUAGUCGGAGACCGCCUGGUUGGCACCGCCACCGACAGCAAAACGUAUCCCACCUUGAAGGACGUGACGCUAAACAUAGCGUAUCCCACGUCGGGAGUGGGCGCAAUCAUCACCUACGUGCAAAUCGUGGUCAACCAGAGCUCCAAACUGUACAAGGGAUACGUGGUGUCCGGCGGGAUCGGUCAGCGAUUCAUCCAAAUUGUGAUCGAAGCGCACAGUACACUGUUCUUCAAUUACAAUGCACAAAUUUUUGGUAUAUAAUCAUACGAUUUGAAUAAAGAACUUUUGUUGUGACUCA